UUUUGCAAUGUCUGGAAUUAGUUUCAGUAAAAUGAAAACCGUUGUGUUUAUCGCCGUUGCUAGUAUAAUAGUAAACACAGGGAAAGCAGUGAAGUCGAAACAAUUGAAUCUAGCUCUCGAAACAGUCCUUCAAUUUGACAAGAAAGACCGAGCAGCAGACCUAGCCGUCCUAGACAAGGUGCAAGAUUUCCUAGAUCAAAUAAAAAAUGCCAUGCGAACCAGUGGUAGGAGAAGUAGCGGGAACGAUAUGACAUUCACAGAUUUCAUUCUAGAAGCCGCUAAAAUUCUAAAAAGUCUCGAAGACGACGAUCUCGAAGAAGCAUACGUUGUGAUCAAUGAUGAAUCAAGAAGGUAUAUUAACACAGAGGAUGAGCUCAGAAAGCUAUUCGAUAAUAAUGAUAUGAGGAGGUACGUUUCUGAGAAAUUGGAUGAUAACAAGGAUAUGCCAGCUGAUGAAUUACGUAGAUAUAUAGAUGGAGUAAUUGCCCUCAUAGAAUAUAAACGACAAACUGGCGAAAAGAGUGACUUACUUGAAAUUGGGAAUACUUUGUAUGAUGGUGCUAGUGCUGAAUUAAGGAGAGCACUGAGUGAUUUAAAGAAUUUGAGAAGAGGUAAUGAAUAUAACAUAGGGAGCCUGAUAAAAAAUGCACUUCGGUCGCUUGCACUUUUGCAUUAUGUUUCGCUAGGUGAUGAUAUAAAAACUCAACUAGGAAAUAUGGUUAAACAUUAUUGGCGAACAUUUACUGAAAGCUAUGGAUUUAAUGACGCUACUACUACGCGUAGGCCAAAAGUAUGGACAACUACUACGCGUAGGCCAAAAGUAUGGACAACUCACAGAUAUAUAUUUACCACUACAGCACAAACAAAAAAAACAUAUUCGCCGAAAAAAAAAGAUUUUUUAAAUUUUGAUAAAAACAAAACUUCUAAAUCACCACAGAUUUUCGGCGAUUUAAUGAAUUGGUUUGGCAUGAAUAAAAAGGAAGAGAAUCCCUUAUUACAAAUGUUUUUUCCGCAGUGGGGCAAAAAUAAAACGCAAUCUAAUCAGAAUUCGUUAGCCUCAAUGUUUUUUCCAUCGCUGGUUCAAAAUAAACCACAUGCAAGGCACAAGCAACGACAUGACAGAUGGCGUUAUUCACAUAAAGGUAUGCCAAUAAAGCGUCUCCGAGCCAGUAAACAAAAGUCAACUAAACGUGCGUCCGAGUCUACUGAAUCAGAAGAGAAAGUUGUAAUGGGUGGACAAAAGACUCGGGACGUUCAUUUUAGGGCUGAAAUAACAUCUAAAGAGUUCUCUAGAGACAGAGAAGAAGAUGAAACAAGUACAGAAGAGAUAGUAAUACAACAUAGCAAUGUUAUCGAUGUUGGUUUGUCUCGGAAGACACCAGGACGAUUAAACAUAACUUUUGUUUCGCCAGAAAAUUCCAGGAUCAGUGAUGAAAGAAGAGCUAUAAGAAAAAGUAACGUAAACGAUACGUUUGCAGCGGAUACUAGUCCAGGGAAAGGAGAUGAAGUAGACAAAAUGAUUAAACAUAUAGAAGAACAAAUAGAAGCAGUAAAAGAUCAGGUCGAAUACGUAAAAAGUUUAACUCAUCCGAAACGCAUAGGAAAUACAGACGUAUCUAUCUCAAGUAACAGAACUGAAAAUGUUACUGAUGUUAAAGGAAUGGAACCCAAUAGAGCCUUCUCAUUUAGAGCCCAAUAUGAUACAGAUUCGUCUAAUUCUUCUGAAGUAGGAACCAACCAUAAUAAAACAAAUGAAAAUAUUAGUGAAAAUACAUCUACAAACUCCUCUGGCACGCCGAUCGCUAACGAGGAGAAGGAAGCACAUGAAGAGAAUACAUCAGAAUAUUCAAAAAAUAAAACAGUUAACAUUGACAAAUCAAAGAAAAGAGAAUCGGCUGAAGUCAAUGAUACCCAUAAUGGCAACGAAGACAAUCAUAGACAAGACGAGGCAUCUAUGUCACCAAAUGAAAGAGAUAAGGCUGAAGACCGUGAAAAUAAAACAGAAGUAAAUAAUAAAUCUACUGCUACAAAUCUUAUGGCAGGUAUUAGUGCGGAGGAUAAACAUGAUAUAACCGAAUAAAAGCAAAUAUAAUAA